AUGGAAGACCACCUGAGCUGGUUCCUCACCUUCGUGUGGUUGGGGGUUUGCACCCUCACCACCGUUGUCACUCUCCCUUUCGGCCUCUGUGCCUUUUUUCUCUGCACCAUGGCAAUCGCCCACCCCGUCGUGGCGUGGGAGAAAGCCGAGGUGAUUUUCUGGAAGCUCGUCGAGAGGCUCCUUGAAUAUCUCGAUCUCGUCUACCUCUUUCGGCUGUUUCUCUCGGUUUCGACUGGCCUUGUUCUUGCGGUUCUUGUCACCAAGUUGGUUCGUAUCGGCUUGAAGCAUCCCAGGUAUCGCAAGGUCUGUCGAAGAAUCAGUCGCUGCGCCGAAACUGUCUGGUUUGUCGCCUCCAAGGGAGUCUCUGCUUGGAAGGUGUUUUCGCAAUGGGUUAUCCGGUUCUCUCAAGCCGUUUGUCUCCGCCAACAACGCACCGGAAAGGUAUACCUGUCCUUGGAGAAGUGGUACCUUCUUGUUAUCAUUCCUCGAUAUGUUCCUCCGCCCACCCCGACACCUUUCAUUGCGCCCGACAACCAGACUGUUGAUCAGUCCGAGAUGACCGUGGAACAUCAGGCUGUUCCUCAGUACCUUCUUUGCCAGCGCGAGGGCUGGCAGGGUUCUGAGAAUCUUGAUGAUGGUCAUCUCGUGAACCGCAGCACCAGAGAAGACGUAGCCCGCCCAAUUGCCAGCCCUGUUAUUCCGGAACAGGCUGAGCACACCCAAGUCGCCAAGUCGACCACGGCCGUCUCUGCUUUCGAUGUCGUCCACGCCAGUCCUGCCCCUCCUCGUCCGUCCAUUCCAGAACGGGUCAAGGGUCUGGAACUGCUAAUGGAGAAGACCGCGCGCGAAAUGGGCAUCUCAGUCGAGCAGUUCAAGGCCCGUCAGGCAACGAGCUCCCCGACGAUCGUUGAAGAGGCCGCGCCAGGUUCGACGGCGCCUAACCAGCCACAACUGCCCGAGGCCGACACGCAGCAUGCUCCUCAGCCGAUGCCCGUACGGAGCACCCGCUACGAGCGCGUGCUGAAGAAGCUGUCCAAGUCUCGCCGCCACGUCCCGGCCCCCCGUUAUGAUUUAUUUCAAUCGGACUCUGUCUAUGAGGAGAUGGUUCCUGAAUCUCUCAUGGCGGUGGCAGUGUCGAGGCCGGCAGCUGUGGCUGAAGCACCCAUUUCUGAACCGGUUGUCAUCACGGAACCAACUGUCGCUCCGGAGCCGAUCCACGCGGAGAUGAAGCUCACCCCCCCGGAGAUUGUCAUCACACCGCCCUCCCCAGUCUUGGUUUCUAGGACCAUUGUUGAGGAUCAAGUUGUUGGCAGUGGUAUUUCCAGCAUGCCCGACAAGCUCGCUCCCAAGCCUAUCCUGGCGGAGAAGCCUAUUCGGGAGAUUGUCACGGUCUCUUCUGUUCCGCCCUCUGUGGUAUCCCAACUGCAGCUGAGCGAGCGGAACACCGUGUCCGAGCAGGAGAUCGAGGAUCUUAGACUUCGUAUUGAGGUCUUGCGAAUUUCCCCUUCUGUUGCUGUAUCUACAUCUGUAGACGAACAGAAGACUGUUGGAAAUGGCGUUCAGUCGCCUCUCCAGGUUCCCGUUCUUGCAACCCUCGCAUCACCCGCUGAUGACCUCGUUCCUUCUGUCGUUGAUUCGGUGGAAGACUCCGUCUUGAUGGAGCCGGUAUCAGCCCGUCCUUCGGACGAUGAUGUGGAAAUGGGUGAGGAUUCAUCUGUCUUGUCUCUUGCAGGACCUGUGUCCAACGGAGUGGCUCACAGUGAAGUGUCUCCGGACCGUGAUCUGGCCAUGACGGACAUCGAAGUUGCGACUACGGUUAACGCUGGUCUAUCCGACGACCAGCAGAUGCAAGACGGCGAUGACAGCCACCAAGAUUGGAUGCACGAAGAGUCGCCCGUAGUCUCGUCGGACAUGGAGUUGUUUCCGCCACAGCAAUCUCCUGAGACUAUCGUUUUUGGUGGGCAAGCUGUUCAACUUGUCCCGCUCGGCUCUCAGCAACCAAUCUGGCAACUUCCCUCGGUGUUUCCUGAAGGUCAGACCGACUUCAACUUUGAGUUCACGAUGCCCUCUUUGAUCCAGCCUCAAAUUGUUGAGCACGACAUGGUUGAUGUUCCCCAUUCAGACAUGGUCACGACGUUUUCUGAGUAUCCCAUGGUCGAAAUGACAUCGCCUUUGAACUUCAUCCAGACCGAUACCACUAUGGAGGGUCACUUCGAUUAUCCGGCUCCCCCUGCGCUCACCCCCGGCCAACAGCAGCAACCCUGGAACAUUGUUGAGCAGCCGACCGCAGCUACUUCCGAUCGCGUCCUGGUCUCCGACACGAUUGACUUCAACAUGUUGGUGGAUCCCAAUCUCGACAACAUGUUCGACAAUGUGGUCUCGCCAAUGGCUCUUCAGCCUAGUCCGGUUUCCGUUACCGCAGAGUCUGGCAUGGGAUUGGUUACUCCAGCUUCUCAGGCUGUUGACAACCGAGCUUCUCCUGUCACGUCCGAGCAGAGGCCGGUGGUUGCUGAUAUUCUUCCCGAGUUCGACAUCAACUCGGUUCAUCCAGAUCUCCGGUACGUCGACACGCCGCUUGAUGUGGCAGUAACUCAGGGUAUCGCGCCGGCGGUUGAGCAACCAUCAGAGCAGGAUGUUGCUCAACAGCAACCUGAACAGGAGGUUUCUCAGUCAGCCCCGGCUACCGACGAGUACCCAGGCGUUGAGGUGUGCGAGCCUGAGGCGUGGGCUCAGCUCCAGGUGCUCCAGAACUAUGUCCUCGAACACGAUGCGGAAGAGAACAACUGGCAAUCAGAGUAUCCCGAUCUUCCCCAGCAAUCAGACUUGGAGUACCCUGAGCCCCUGGAGCACCCGGCCGAGGUAGAUCAGACGCAGGAGUUGGGCUCGCCAACGUUCACCCCUGACGUUGACGAUGGAGCAAGCAACGGCUCUCUUGUUUUGUCACCACCGGGCACGCCUACUUCCAUUCGGUCGUGGGACUAUUCGCUCUUCGGGAGCCCUCCUCCGGUUUGCUCGGCGCCGACUCCCCCCAACCGGUCGCCCACUCCUCCUCGCUCUACUGGAUUGGACUUCACCAAUGCGAUGUUCCAGCCAACUCUCCCUGUCGGUGCACCGGUCUUCACCUCGGUCUCGACAUUCCAGCCAAUUCUUCCCGCUGCUGCGUCAGGCUCCAACCAGGCCUCGCCCUCCAACAUCUUUGGAGAGGACUUCAGGCCUGAUCAUACCACCCCGGAUGAUCCCAAUUUCCGGGUGCAUGACGCGGCAUGGACCACGAAUGAGAUGGAUAGGAUGCACCAGGCCUACCUGGUUGGUCAGAGGCUCACCCAGGCGGAUGUUGCCUCGGCGAGUUUGCAGGUGGACAUAAUGCGGCAAACCGAAGGGGCGGACAUCUACACCGAGCAUGAGGAAGACUCUGAUUGCUCGAUCGAGAGCUCCGACGAGGAGGUUAGGAUUCCGAUCAGCCAGCGCAGGAUUGCCAUGCCCAGGUCGCGGGCGAGCAGAGCGAUGGCGACGGCACCGGUCACUCCUUCAACCACGGCAACUCCCCCUGCCGCUUUGGGCAUGGUCAGCGAGGACGAGGAGGGCCCUCAGAGGGCCGAUGAGGAGGUCAUUCGGCGCAGGCCCCUCGCAAAACUACCAAGAAGGCGUCGCAACCUUCCUUCAAACAGCAACACCGGCAAUUAA